UAUUGUAUUGUAUUAUAUGAAUUUCAAAGCUUUAUUUCUUUAUGCUUUAAGUUUCAGAAUAAUGUGAAAUUAUAAUAAUAAUGGUUCAUCUUUCGUUAUCUCCUUUUCGUCGUACUAUCGGUAUCUUCCUUCCAAUGGAAAAGGACUCGCGCGCGAUUUCGCGGCCGAAAAAGAGAGAGAGAGGGUCGAGGCGCCGGCGCCAGCUAUUGAUUCUCUUGAAAUACCGUGAUUUCAAAAGUUACUAUCACCAGCACAUACACUGGGGGUGUCACCAGUGGCGAACCGCUCUUCGACCGCGGACAAGGUCCUCGCGCGUUUCCUCCUUUGGUCCCGGCAGGAUGGAGUGUCUAGAUCUUUUCGUUUGAUCAGAAAGAAGCGGAUUUGAAAGGGAUUAAAACGAAAGCGGAGAAGAUAUGGCGAAUACGGCUCAUCUCGUUCGCCGGCAAAGCUCCCGCGAUCUCAAGCCUCAAAAAAGCAUCGAUAAGCUUGAGAUGAAAGAGAUGCGUGGUAGAUUAAUGGUGGAUAAUCGAAAGAACAUCUCCACUGCCAAUUACGGGGCCACCAAUGCGGCCUUCGAAGAUAGCAGUCCUAACAAGGUACCUCUGCCUAUUUUAUUCACUUUAUAUCAUGAGUUUCACUUCAUUGGCCUUUGUUCACAGAGCAAAACAGGAAACGGCUCGGGCACCGGUAACAAUGACGGCAAGGCGAUUUUUCGGCCGGAAGCAGGUGAAGAUGAGCGUGAAAAUUGGGAUAGCAAACUCACAUUUCUCCUGGCGACCGUAGGAUAUGCAGUGGGCCUUGGAAAUGUAUGGCGAUUUCCCUAUCUGGCUCAGAAAAAUGGUGGAGGUGCUUUUCUAAUUCCUUAUUUCGUGAUGCUGGCCAUCGAGGGUAUUCCUAUAUUUUAUUUGGAAUUGGCAAUCGGCCAAAGAUUGAGAAAAGGCGCUAUUGGCGUGUGGAAUCAGGUAUCCCCGUAUAUGGGGGGUAUCGGAAUCAGCAGCGCCAUAGUCUCCUUCAAUGUGGCUCUUUAUUAUAAUACUAUUAUUGCCUGGUGCCUCUUCUAUUUCGUUCAGAGUUUUCAAUCGCAAUUACCUUGGGCGGAGUGUCCGAAUAAAUAUUUUCAAAAUGGAUCUUACGCGCCCGAACCCGAGUGUUUGGUCAGCAGUCCAACACAGUAUUUCUGGUAUCGAACCACCCUAAUGAUAUCCAAAGAUAUCGAUACGCCGGAAGUGUUCAAUUGGAAGAUCGCUCUAGCGCUGAUCAUUGCUUGGAUUCUCGUGUACAUGUGCAUGAUUAAGGGUAUCGCAUCCUCGGGCAAGGUUGUGUAUGUAACCGCUACAUUUCCGUAUAUCGUUCUAAUCAUUUUCUUCUUCCGAGGGGUAACAUUGACGGGUAUGUCGGACGGUUUGCGGCAUCUCUUCACGCCAAAGUGGUACACAUUGACUGAUCCGGUAGUCUGGUUAGAGGCUGGAACGCAAAUCUUCUUCUCACUAGGCUUAGCUUUUGGUGGUCUGAUAGCAUUCUCUUCAUACAACCCGGUGAACAAUAAUUGCUAUCGUGACGCUAUCAUGGUCAGUCUGACGAAUUGCUUUACUUCCAUGUUCGCGGGGAUUGUCGUUUUCUCGAUCAUAGGAUUCAAAGCCACCAUGGUUUAUGAACAAUGUUUAUCGGAAAGAAAUAAUACGUUAAUGAAUAUAUUCGGACAUGCCGAUAAGAUACCCGAAAAUAUUCCGAUCAGUGGCACACUGUUGAACAUCACUAGUAGUAAUGGAUCAUUGGACAUGAUAAUGCCGGAAUUGCCCUAUUGUGAUCUAGAAAAAGAAUUAGAUAAUUCGGCAUCGGGCACAGGUUUGGCUUUCAUCAUCUUCACCGAAGCGAUCAAUCAGUUUCCUGGCGCUCAAUUCUGGUCAGUAUUGUUCUUCUUGAUGUUAUUUACACUAGGAAUCGAUUCUCAGUUUGGUACUCUGGAAGGUGUCGUCACCAGUAUCGUCGAUAUGAAACUCUUCCCGAACUUAAGAAAAGAGAUUCUGACAGGUGUGAUUUGUUUGGUGUGCUGCUCGAUCUCGAUGGCCUUUGCUCAUGGAGCUGGCAGUUAUGUUUUUGUGCUGUUCGAUAGCUUCAGCGGAAAUUUUCCGUUACUUAUAAUUGCUUUCUUCGAAUGUAUAGCAGUAUCCUAUGUUUACGGUUUGAAGAGAUUUGCCGAUGAUAUCGAACUGAUGACUGGCAACCGGCCUGGUCUCUAUUGGCUAAUAUGUUGGAAGUAUCUCAGUCCACUGGCAAUGUUGAGUAUCUUGAUCGCGUCUUUCGUCGAAAUAUUUUUCGAAGGAAGCGGUUAUCCAGCCUGGGUAUCGAGUAAAGGCAUCACGGAAAGACAUGAGUGGCCUGUCUGGGCUUUAGUUCUCAUUGCCAUUCUCAUUCUCACUUCCGUUUUAUGGAUACCCGCAGUCGCAAUUUGCAGAUACUAUGGAAUCCUCAUCAUCGACGACAACGAAAAGGCCUGGUUUCCUGCAGCAGAUUUAAAAGAAUUUCAUGGAAUUAUGCCGCAUGAGGUAACGGCGGCUGAAACACUGCUGUUUUGCAUCAGGAAUGACGGUUCUGAAGGAUUGUGCUGCCCUACGGGCGGCCCUAGCGACGAUGAGGACGAGGAUCUCACCUAGGAUCGAUCCUUGAUUGCGAUGCGCGUUUCCGCAGAUGAUCUCGUUUCGAGAAACGCUUUACUUUAUUCUGUGACGACCAUCUUCAACUGCUUGCUACUUGAUCAAAAGUGGCUGCAAUUCAUUUUGAUGAAUCUGGUCGAAUUGUAGUCAACGCAUUUGCGUGGUAGGAUCUUGUCUAUUGUGUCAAUUAACAUAAAAGCUUCGGCGGUAGGAGUUAUUUUUUUAUCAUUUAAAGACGGAGAUAUAUUCAAGUAAAAAAUAAUUUU